AUGAAUCCUGCCCAAGGACAGACUUAUGAGGAUCUCGUCUGUUCCUUGGAACCCCUGCCUGUGGGGCUAUGUGUCAAUAGAAUUGUGGGAUAUACCUAUUCGGAGGUAAAAAACCGGUGCGUAAUCUAUGAAUCCAGGGGAUGUGAAGUGAGAGGAAAAUACUUUACUAACAGAGACGAAUGUGAGGUCAAAUGCAAACCGGCGUCCACCCUUAGAAUUAAUCCCUUCAGUUAUUAUGUGGAAAGUUACUAUUGGUCCUUCGAGCCGGAUAUUUCUCAAAUUUUGUAUAAUUCAAAGUUUCUGCCACGAGCCGUCGCCAAAAACGGGGAAAUUCAAUCAGAGCGGGAGGAUUACGAUUUGGAGGGGACUUUGGAAGCGGAUGUGGAUGCAGUGUUCGCAAAAUUGCAUUAG